AUGGAGAAAGAUAAUCAACAAUUGACAGUUUCAGAAAGAUAUAAAUUGGCUAUAUCAAGAUAUGGCAAAUUUCUUAAUAAUCCAACAUCACUAAGACCAGAUUCAAAAGAAUAUCAACAUGAAUUACAUUUAAUUAAUAAUGAAUUUCAAUUAAUUUUAAGAUUAGUUAAUCAAUUAAGUUUAUUUAGUGAUAAUGAAGAAAUUGAAGAAGUUUCAACUAAUUAUAUUCCUUUUUUAAACGUAUGGUAUUAUAUUGGUGAUAUUCAUACCAGGAUUUUAAAUAAAGAUGAGAAUAGUAAUAAUCAAGGUAUUGAUUUGAAUUAUAAAAUUGAAAAUUUGAAAAUUGCCAAAGAUUUUAUAUUUAUAUAUCUUGAACAAUUAAAUAAUUAUAAGAUAUUAAGUUCUGAACAAUCUAAGAAGUUUCAUAUUUUACAAAAAGGUCAAAAUUAUGAAUUAGGAGCAAUGAAUAAAAGAUUUGAAAAAAUUGAAAAUUAUAAAUUAGAAAAAGAAUUGAAUAAAAAAUUAGAAAUCUUGAAUCAUGAUAAUGAUAAUAAUUCAGAAAAUGAAUUGAAUAAAUUUGAUGAUGAAGUAAUUAGAUUAAUUUAUAUUGAUCAAUUGAAAUUAUUUACUUUGAAAUCUUUUAAUAUGUUGGAAUCAAUAUCAAUGGAAUUACAAGUUUUACAAAAUAGACCUAAUUCAUCUAGUAAUCCCGAACAACAACAACAACUUGAACAAGAUGGAAAAGAAGAUAAUCGUAGUAGACAAUAUACUAAAGAAAAUGAUUAUGGAUUUACUACAAAAUUAGAAAAUAAACCAAAAUUAUCAUAUCAAGUAUCUGAUUUAAUUAAUAAACAAGGUAAAAUAUUACAACCUUUUAUAAUUACUUCACAAAGAGAUAAAUUAAAAGAAAAAGUUUUUGGUACUGGUCAAGUAUUACCAAGUAUGACAGUUGAAGAAUAUUUAGAUUAUGAAUUGGCUAAUGGUAAAAUGAUGAAAGAUGAAGUUAAAGAUAAACCAAAAGAUAACGAGGAUGAAGAUGAAUUGAAUGAAGAUGAAGAAUUAGAGAAAAGACAAUGGGAUGAUUGGAAAGAUGAAAAUCCAAAAGGUGCAGGUAAUAUGAAAGCAAAUAUAGGUUAA